GACAGGGCGAAGCAAUCGACUGACGAUACGUGUUGUCAUUGACGUAGGGAAGGUUUGGGGCUAAAGUCAUGGCGUUGUUAAAGCAAAGUUGUGUUGUCGCUGGUCGUUUCACAUGUAAUCAUCUUUUUCUCCAGUCCAGAUGUAUCGAUGCCUCACAUGUUUACGCCAGUGGUUUGAGCACGGCUACGAAGGUGUCUCCCUCACCGAAAGAUCGCAAGAAGGAGUUACCGUCAGCUGAGGAUGGGCCUGAUCUGCAAGACUUCAUUUCGGGUGAUCUGUCAGACAAGAACCGAUGGGAGGAAUACCGUGGCAACUUAAAGCGUGAGAAAGGAGAGAGGCUGCGACUGCCCCCCUGGUUAAAGACUGAGAUCCCUAUUGGCAAAAACUUCAACCGACUCAAGAACACACUGAGGGACCUGAAUUUGCACACGGUCUGUGAGGAGGCGAGAUGUCCAAACAUUGGAGAGUGCUGGGGAGGAGGAGAGUAUGCUACGGCUACUGCCACCAUCAUGUUGAUGGGGGACACAUGCACACGUGGAUGCCGUUUCUGUUCUGUGAAAACGGCACGGAAGCCUCCCCCACUGGACCCCAAUGAGCCAGAGAACACUGCAAAAGCCAUCGCUGCCUGGGGGCUGGACUACGUCGUCUUGACCUCAGUGGACCGGGAUGACAUACCAGACGGAGGGGCAGCACAUUUCGCCCAAACAGUGAUCAACCUGAAGCAGAGGAGCCCCGGCAUGCUGGUGGAGUGCUUGACUCCUGAUUUCCGUGGGGACUUGAGUGCAGUGGAGAAGCUGGCCCUGUCAGGACUGGACGUGUACGCCCACAAUGUGGAGACCGUGCGGGAGCUGCAGAGGCAUGUACGUGACCCUCGGGCCAACAUUGACCAGUCUCUGGCUGUCCUGCGUCACGCCAAAGCAGUGAACCCCUCUAUCCUCACCAAGACCUCCAUCAUGCUGGGCCUCGGAGAGACCGACGCACAGAUAUCCGCAACCAUGAAAGAGUUGCGCGACAGUGGAGUAGAUUGUCUGACUCUGGGUCAGUAUAUGCAGCCAACUAAACGUCACCUGAAGGUACAGGAGUAUGUCACUCCAGAGCGCUUUGCUCACUGGGAGACGGUUGGGAAGGAGAUGGGCUUUGUCUACACAGCCAGUGGUCCGCUUGUGCGUUCUUCAUAUAAAGCAGGUGAAUUCUUCCUGAAGAAUCUUCUAGAAAAGAGGAAGGUUGCCACAUCAGAGUGAAGUGGCUGUCUUGUUCCACACUCGGUCAGAUGUCCUGCCAUCCCCUGUUCAGUCCACCUCUAUCUAGUAUCCACUACAGCUGCUUACGCGCACACACACACACAUGCAUAAUCUUGGGGAAUAGAAAGGACCAAAGGAGGGGAAGCAAGACAGACACAGGCUCGUGUCACUGUGAAGACCUUCAGAGGAUACAGGUUUCAUUUACAGAACGUUUAGCUGACGUUGAACAAACACUCUCAUAGUGAGAGUAUGACAUGAUCAGUGUAACUCACACUACUUAAUGAAGAGUUUGUAUAAAAGUACAAAUAUAUGAAUACAUGUAAGUACAUUUUAUAACCACACUGGAAUACGGACAUGAAUAAAAUAAACUUAAGAGCAAAAAAGUAAAGCUGCAA